GUACGACGUACGUGAUACUUGUAACAGUUGUAACCGGUAGGCGGUACCGCUAUGUAACGUGAUGUGACUAAGCGAAGCGUGAGCCUCGACAUGACAAGUCAACGUGUGCGCCUGCGCAUUACGCACUUAUGACGUAAUGUAAACAUACGAAUACGAGCGAUAUUGAUAAGCGAUUCGUGUUUUUCUUUAUCGAAUAAUAUGAAUAAUUUCGAAUCCAAUUCGAACAUAGAUCAUAGAUCCAUUCAUCUCGAAACAGUUUACGCGUCGAUCGCUUCAAAGAUUUUGCGUUGCUAUUGCUAGCUAGUGGCUACUUCGAUCGUUGGCUCGGCAUGGUCAUCUGUUACGACAAUUAUUGCCAAGUGUACGCGGAAAGUUUUUACGCUCGUUUUCAUUUCCAACAACAGGUCGAUCGGUUGGUAUCGAACCCGAACGGUUGCCACAUAGCGAAGUAUUACGUUUGCGAAUUCCGAUCAACGGCGCAUAUUGGAUGAAAAUUGAAAUACGAAUUCGAAACGCCCGGAGUGGUGGUGGUGGUUGUGGUUGUGGUUGUUGUUGAGCCGCGAAUUCGGAUUUGCCGCUGUCGUCGUCCGUAGGUACGCUUAGCGCUUAGGUAGUGUUACUAAUUCGCCAAUUCCAACAUGUUCAACAAUAUGAAGAACAAGAUUCGCGAGAAAACUGGAACCGAGUUGCCGAAAUUUACCGCCAGUUCGGCUUCGCUCUUCGGAAAAAAGUCGAAUCAACAUUCCCGUCAGAGUUCUCAAGGUAGCAUUUACAGCGUCGUAUCGGAUUCGGACGCCAAAGAAGAAAACGAACCGAAAGCGGCGGCGGCGGCGGCGUUACAUUCGGCGGUUGCGAAAACCGCGCUCUCCGACGACGUGAAAACUACCGAAGAUGACGAAAGUAAAGUCGACGAUACAGCAGCUGCGGCGGCGGCAAAGGAAAGUGAAUGGUUAGAAAGAGAGAAGCAGUACGUAAGCGAUCUGUCGAAACAAACCAAAGAACUGCAAGAAGCCUUGUCCAUAGUCACAGAGCAAAAAACCAAACUCGAGCAUUUCCGAGAAGAAAAAGAGCAACUAGAAGCGUAUCAGAAACAAGAAGUCGCCAAGAUUAAACAAUUGCUGCUGGAGAAAGAAGAAGAGAACGAUCGCAAUUUAUCGGCCUUGAAAGAAGCGCUCGCCUCCAUCGAAUCUUUGAAGCUGGAAGUUGAUCGUUUGAGACCGCUGGAAGAGCGUAUGAAUACCUGCCAGGAUGACUUGGAAUGUCUUCGACACACGUCCGAGAAAGAAAGAUGGAAUCUAACGUCGCAGUUGGCUCAAAGGGACGAAGUUGUUAGACGCUUAGAAGAACGUAUUAGCGUAUUAACUCACCGAACCGAAGCCGACUGUCAAGCGUUGGGCGCUCAGCUUUCCGCAGACGAAAGAGUAGGCAGUUUAAUAGCGGAAAGAGCGUUAUUAGAACGUAGACUGGAAGAAGCUCAUAUUCAUUUAUCAGAAAUCAAAACAUCGUGGAGUAAUAAAAUCGCCACUUUGGAAACUCAGGUAGGCCGAUUGAGUCGUCAAGCCGGCGAAGAAGGCGUCGAAAGGAGAAACGCCGAAAAGAAGAUUACGCAACUGGAAUGCAAGCUAGACGAGUUAGCUAAAGAGAAGGAAAAUCUGAACGGCAAGCUGGUUAAAUUGGUCAAAGAGAGGGACAAUUUAGCGUGCGAACUUAAAGAAUUGUCCGCUGUAAAUGUCACAAAUGACGAGGAGGAGGAGGAGAAGGAAGAGGUGCGCGAACGCGAACUCGAACGAUUUCGAGAACUGACCGAUCGUUUAGAAGUUUUGAUGAAGGAAAACGAGGCGUUGAGAUUGUCGAACGAAGAGUCGAGACGUAUCUUCGACGAAUCGCUAAGCAAAGAGUCGAAUAAGAAUAGCGCGUUGGACGUGGAAAUGGGCAGACUGAAGGAGUACUCGGUCGAGUUGGCGGUCGCUUUGCAGAAGGAAAAAGACGUCAAAGAUCAGACUUUAUUGCGUAACGCGGAAAUAUCGCAACUGGUACAACUCACCGAACAAGAGCUGAAGCAGCAACAAAUUCAAAACGAAGAAUCGUUCAAGAAAAUCGCCAGCUUGGAAGAGCAACUGGAAAUUACGCGACAGAAUUUGAAAACAAUUCAAAUGGAAGGUAACACGAUCGCGAUCACGAACGAACAAAAGUUGAGUGAAAAAAUCAAGCAGCUGGAAAAUGAAAUUGCCGAUAAAAACAAGUCGAUACGUAUCUUGCAACAGAAUCUAAACGACGUUAAGAAAACUUUUCAAGACGAAUUAAAAAAUAACCCACCUGUGGCUGUAGCGUCCAGCGCCACCGCCACCGCCACCGCUACUGGUAUCGCUAACGCUAGCGCCAACAAUUGUAGUGAUUUUCUUAAUCACGACUUGGACGGAAUAGAAGACGAUAUCAAUUUCAAAUACAUGAAGCACGUUUUAAUCAAAUUCCUCACCAGUUCGGAAUACGAAGCUCAACAACUUACCAAAGCGGUGGCUACGCUUUUAAAACUCAAUUCGGAAGAAGAAAGAUUGAUUAAAGAUACGUUAGAAUGGCGAUGUUCGUGGUUCGGUUCGAAACCGCGAGUCAAGCUGCAUUACAAUCCUAGCUGAUGAUGGAAACAACGACGGCGACGACGACGGCUGGCUAGCAGGCCGGCCGGCCGGAGGCGGCAUUACCUUCUCGCGUAUGUUGCGAAACGAGAAAAAAGAGCGGCGACGGUUACCGCCUACGCCCGGGCCCGCGCCCGCGCCCGCCCAACCAAACUGGCGAAUAGCACCCAUCCAGAUCGCUUACUUUGUCAACAUUUUAUACGUGUAGUGUAUGUAUGUACGUAGAUAAGAUGUGUAUUGUGUACCCAUACCCAUACCCCAUACCUAUGGCCGCAUUUUCUUACAAAACGACGCAACAACGAAAAUGACCGUACGAAUGCGGUGUUACUGUCGCCCCAUUCGCGAAUUUCCUCUAUCGCGACGUAUUUUUCAACACGUCAUUUUUCCGCCGCAUGGCGCAUACCAUCUAUACGUAUUACGUACAGUAUUGGUUUUCAUCUACUCGUACGCGUAUACAUAUAAAUCAUUCGACACUGACACUUUAGCUAGGUACUCGUAUUUAGCCUAUUAUCGUAUCAUAUCAUUUGGCGGGCGCUUCUUAUACUCGUAAUGUCCAACGCCAACACUACGAAAGCUCGAUUUCUUGUAUGUGUAGUAUUUUUACGCGUAUUUGCGGCCGGGUUUUCGAUUUCCCCCCUUUUUUUUCUUUCUUUUUGGCCUAGAACUCGGUAAUACCCGGACAGGACACUUUGUCCCAAUGUACAUACAUAUACAUUAUACCAUAUACCAAUGUACUCGCAGCUGUGUGUAGUGUACGCGUUACGGAUUGAAUUUACGUACACGUAUCUCUUGCCUACCACUUGGCCACUUACCACCUAGUAUGUAAUUGUAAUUGUAAUUGUAAUUAGCAUCUUGUAACUCGUGCGCGUGUUGUAAAUGCGGACAUACGUAGCCUACGGUAUACGUACGUGGGUAUAACCUUAAUAUUCUGUAUGAUUGUUUGAAUCCGUGUGUCGUGUGCCGUACGUAUGUACUAUAAUAUAAUUAUAAUGUAAUAUAGGUACUGUAUGUCUAUGUACCGCUAGCGAUAGCGAUAGCGAUAGCGGUUGCAUUCGUUAUAUGUAUAUGUACUACAUUCUCACGUACGAGUAUAACUGCCACUUUUAAGAAUUUUCAUGAAUUUUGUAUACCUCGUGAUGUUUGUUACCUACUUUUUAGUUUUUUCGCCGCGAUUCCGACAUUAAAUUAUCCAAUCAUUCGUA